AUGAUGAAGAAGCUGUUAGAUGAGAAACGAUGCUCAUAUUGCUAUCGUCUGGUACUGUCGUUGUUAAAUGUUACCAUUCUGACACUUGGCUUAACAGUUAUUGGUCUUACGCUAUGGUUAUGGUUUGAUAAGAAAGUUGAAAUUGAUCUAAGGAGUAAUUUGUUGGUCGAAUACAACAACAACAUCGAUAUGGAUGAAACCAAAGCAAAAAUUCGUACCUGGGCAAAAUGGUCUUCAUUUAUUGCUUUAUUAAUCGGUUUGACAACAGUACUGUUGGGAUUUUUGGGUAUUGUUGGUGGAAUUCGCGAAAAUAGACGUCUAAUUUCGUGGUAUUUAAUUCUGGUUACACUAUGUCUAUUUUUUGAAAUGUCUAUUGAAGCUGUUAUUUACUGCUAUAAACCGAUGAUAAAACAUGAAGUCAAAGAAUAUGUUCGAUUGGCCGAACGAAUACAGAUGCUACCAGAUAUGGAUGUUUUAAAAUAUCGAGUAAAAUUAUUUAAAUAUUAA